UUUGCUGGGACUCAACAUGAAGAAUGCAGCAAAGAAAUAUAAAAUAUAGUUUGCUAGUUCAUCUGCGUCACACUUUUAAAACGCCAUGUAUUGGUUAAGGCAAGAUGUUUCUUGAAGAUGAAAUGAAGGUAUGCGACAGUUGGUUACUACCAUCUACCGAUAAGUGAUCGUACCAGUUUAUUCUCGGGUCUGGCAGUUUAGCCCACAUUUUCAUCAACUCGCUGGGGCUCACGGUGUUGCGAGAAGGGCACCGACACCCCCUCCGCUACUUGACUGUCGCGGCCGCGGCGGCGGCAGUGCGUUACCGGUCGUCUACCGCACCAGCGACAUGUCGGCCAACGAGGGCUACCUACCAGACACUCUGCGGCGUCAACAACUCCCGCUCAGCGACAAACUACCUACCAAGCCAGAGAUGGACUUUGACGACAUCCUCCCCCACAUCGGAGAGUUCGGGUUGUACCAGAAGCUCUUGUUCCUAAUGAUGAUACCGUUCGCGUUCAUGGUGUCGUUUGUUUACUUCUCCCAGAUCUUCAUCACACUGGUACCCGAGGGCCACUGGUGCAGAGUCCCCGAGCUCGAGCACUUACCUCUGGAUCAGCAGCUGGUGUUGUCUGUGCCUAUGACAACGGAGGGCAGCUAUGAGCAGUGUGUCGUGUAUGAUGUGGACUGGACGAGGGUGUUGUCUCAGGGAAUACUACAAGCUAAUGUAUCCUGGCCCACCAAGGCUUGCGACCACGGCUGGAUAUACAACUCUACUGAGAUACCAUAUUCCACCAUAGCCACUGAGUUAAACUGGGUAUGUGACCUGAAAGCCCUGCCAACUAUAGCCCAGUCCAUAUUCUUCUGUGGUGCUAUAAUGGGAGGCCUAAUCUUCGGCUGGAUGGCUGACAGAUACGGCCGCAUCUCAGCUCUUGUAGGAACCAAUCUUACCGGUCUCAUUGCUGGAGUACUCUCUGCCUUCACCACAUCUUUCUGGCAGUUCACACUAUGCAGAUUCUUUGUUGGUUUUGCUUUCGACAACUGUUUUACAAUGAUGUACAUCCUGGUGUUGGAGUAUGUUGGGCCCAAGUGGCGGACGUUUGUUGCCAACAUGAGCAUCGCCAUCUUCUUCACUCUGGCGACAUGUAUAUUGCCGUGGUUAUCUCUGUGGGUGGCUGACUGGAGAUGGCUCUGUGUUGCUACCUCAUUCCCACUUGCCAUUGGUCUCAUGAGUCCAUUCUUUGUACCAGAAAGUGCCAGAUGGCUGGUUUCACAAGGAAAGAUAGACAAGGCAAUCAAGAUUUUGAAAAAGUUUGAACGCAUAAACAAAUCUAAAGUUCCCGAAAAUGUGUAUGGUGAAUUUCAUAAAAGCUGUCUUGCUGCACAAAUAGAAGAGGAGAGUGGGGGGAAAUACUCUGUUUUAGAUUUGUUCAGAAGCCCUCGUCUGAGAAACAUGACUGUUCUGCUCAUUCUUAUUUGGAUGGCUAUAUCGCUGGUGUUUGAUGGACAUGUUCGUAAUGUGGGAGCGUUGGGCCUAGAUGUGUUCCUGACGUUCACAUUAGCCUCCGCUACAGAGCUUCCAGCUGACACGCUCCUCACCUUGGUCCUGGACCGCUGGGGCAGACGUUGGCUAGCUUGUGGCUCCAUGGUGCUUAGUGGUAUCUUCAGUCUCUUAGCCACAGCUGUACCCACAGGUGUACCCUCAGCAUCACUAGCCAUCAUGGGAAGAUUCAGUGUCAACAUCUCGUAUAACAUUGGACUGCAGUACGCUGCUGAGUUACUGCCUACAGUGGUCAGAGCUCAGGGUGUGGCUCUAAUACACAUCAUGGGAUACGUGGCAAGCAUCCUGGCACCUUUCGUGGUAUAUCUGGCCAACAUCAGUGCACACCUGCCUCUGCUGGUCCUCGGUGUCCUGGGUAUCCUGGGCGGAGUCUUGGCUCUCUUUUUGCCUGAGACCAUGGACGAGGAACUACCUCAGACGAUGGCUGACGGAGAGAACUUUGGCAGAGAUCAGAGUUUCUUUGACAUCCCAUGUGUUAAGAAACCCAAAGAAGUCCCAGUGUUCCAAAGGAACGUAGUGUCAACAGUGUCCAAGACUUCAUUCAGGGCUUCUAUCCGAGGAGAGCAGUACAGGUCAAGCCUAAUCAACCGGAAUCGCUCACUUCGGCAUCAACCAAAACCACCAGCAACAGCGACGCAAGAGCUCUAGUCCUGCCUCCUCCGUUAUGUACAUUAACGAUUUCAGUGAAUCACUUAAUUUAUUUUACUCCUUCUACCUAUCUUUGAGACCAUUUUAAUGUUGAUAGAUAUAUAUAUAUAUGUUUAAAUGUACUGUAAUUAGAUUUUAGUACAGUUACAAGUUAACUUAAAUGUUAAUUUAGAGUUAAUGUAAUUUAGAACAAUGAGAAAUUAUAGAAUGAUUUCAAAACUGUGAUAGUUUUUAUUAGAUGGGACAAGUGGUUUUGAAAAUCCGUGUGUAAAUAAACCACAAGAUAUCUUAAAAUCUCAAUACAUUGCAAUCAAAUGAUUUCUUUAACUAAACAGUUUACAUUUUGUUAUAAGAGUACUGAUUGUAAAUAUUUCUGUAGUUAGUACAUUACAGGUAAUAUAUUUCAUAACAAGAGUACAAAGUGAGUCAUUACAUAUUUGAGACCUGUUUGAAGAGCGAGAUUUAUCGAACACUUUAAAUGGUCGAGAAUAUGUGUAGAUCCACUUUCACUCGUGUUUUGAACGUUACUAUACAUUUAAUACACUAC